AUUAUUGUAAUUACUUAUAAACUAUGCAUUAAAAGUUGUACAUUGUUUUCGGUUUCUGGGGUCGUGUAGUGUCACUUUUCCAUUCAUUCUUUAACCUCGGUCUACCCACCAAUAUUCCCUAAGUAUCUAUAUAUAGAGUGAGUUAUGUAGCCUCUAGAUAUCACCCCUACAUACUCUUGUUCACAAUUUGGUUUAAAAAUGAGGACAAUGAAAGAUUUAGGAAGGGAAAGGGGACCUUUAGGAAUGCAUAUAAUCAACACUGCAACCACCGUUGACUGCAGCAACAGGGAGGUUGGACUUCGCCGCUCUCUCCGGUCACUGCUUGACUGCAUCAUCCCAGCUUGUUGUGCGGCUGGUUUUGAACCUCAUUCUGUGGCCGGAAACUUUUCUCCGGAUUCUUCUUCUUCUUCGUCGACUUUCUCGAGUGAUACGGAAUCACCGUCAUCGUCAUCAUCCACCACCAUUCGUUCGUUGUCGUCAUCCUCCACCACCGUUAAGGGUACAUUCUUUGGACAGCGGAAUGGUCGGGUCAGCUUUUGUCUACAGGAUGACACGCACCACCACCACCACCACAGGCGGACCCCAUCAAGGAGAAUGACGACCACCACCGCCCUGUCGUCAUUCUCACACCCUCUUCUACUUUUGGAAUUCGCUAUUCCUACAUCUUAUUUAGCGAAAGAGAUGCAGCAUGGUCUCCUCCGCAUUGCACUGGUGGAGGAAAACAGUACUCAUCGACAGCAACUACCAACAAAAGGUGGUGGUGGGAUAUUUGAAGUGCCUGUGUGGUCUAUGUACUGCAAUGGUCGGAAAGUUGGUUACGCCACCAGGCGUAAGAUGACGGCUGCCGACACAACUUCUCUUACCCGUAUGCAAUCGGUUUCUGUUGGAGCAGGGGUUUUGCCGCCAGAAAAUGACCAUGGUGCUGACGGGAUCAUGUACCUCCGAGCCAGUUUCCGGCGAACCAUUGGAUCACCAAACUCAGAGUCAUUUCACAUGAUAAACCCCGACCAUGAUAGACGAUCAUCCUCUGAUAGUCAUAGUGCUGGGCAAGAGCUCAGUAUAUUUCUUCUCAGAUCAUCUUCUUAAUGGAAAUACAUUUCUA